AAUCAAUUGAUCAGCGGUAGGUGAUCACCAUUGGUCAAAUAAUAACAUGUAGCGGCCACUCCCCCAGUAGCUAGCUGCUAUUCCUUGAAUCUCUCUCCCAUCUCUCUCUCUCUCUCAAUCUACACGGGGGUGCUCUGAGAUCACAAUGGCAAAGGGUGUUGCAGUUCUAAGCAGCAGUACCGGAGUCAGUGGCACCAUUUACUUUACCCAGGAAGGAGAUGGUCCAACUACAGUGACCGGAAAUGUCUCCGGACUUGCACCUGGACCUCAUGGUUUCCAUGUUCAUGCCCUUGGUGAUACAACAAACGGUUGCAUGUCAACUGGACCCCAUUACAACCCUGCUGGCAAAGAGCAUGGUGCCCCAGAAGAUGAGAACCGCCAUGCUGGUGACCUCGGGAAUGUAACAGUUGGCGAAGAUGGUACUGCCAGUUUUACUAUUGUUGACAAGCAGAUUCCUCUCACUGGAGCAGGCUCCAUCAUUGGAAGGGCGGUUGUUGUCCAUGCUGACCCUGAUGACUUGGGAAAGGGUGGUCAUGAACUUAGCAAAAGCACUGGAAAUGCCGGUGGAAGGGUUGCCUGCGGUAUUAUUGGCCUCCAGGGUUGAUUUGCUGCUCCUGGCAAAAAUCAGGCUGCUCUCUGUUUUCUCGAGUUAAAAACACUUCAAAUCUUAUUGUUAGCAACAACUGUUUUCUGAAUAAAGGAAGUGUGUGACGUUAAUGAAAUUCAUGGCCUCUGUAACUUGGUUGCAAUUGGUCCCUUCUCAGUUCUAUCAUUUUGCCAUCGUCACUUGAAUAUUCUGAGAAAGCACAGAAGUUUCAACUAAUAUUCAACACCUGAAUCUGUAAUACGAAUACCUAAAGAAUAUAAUCUGGAAAUUAUCCUUUACAUGA